AUGGAAUUUAUUAUUGAACAAAAGAUGGUGGAAGAAUGCAGAAAAGUAUCAGGCAAGCCUCCAGAGCUAUACAUUGAUGACCUACCCCCGCCGGGCAGCAUUCAAGCUCUUGCAGUAUUCAAGCAAAAUAAAACAAAUGUACUUGUGGAUGAGGUGCAGAUCUAUGGAAAUCCACAUGAUAUUGUUCUUGUUCUCACUGAGCUGGGCAGGAAUCUAUAUCUUGGAUUUUUGCGAUCUGUCAUUAGACAACAUAAGAGAGGAAAAAGCUGGAAUGGGAUUCUAAGCAUUGAGGAAGGUAGCAGCAGCAUGCUGGGAUCCAAACCCAAGCAGAGGAAGAAGAAGCACCAGCAGGGGGUGAAUCGUUGCAGCAGCAGCAGCAGCAGCAGCUGGGCCAUCUUGUGCUGCUGCUCCAUUCUCGCGUUCACGGUGGUGAGAGGAGCAGGGCUGCCGCUGGGCGGUGAUGAAGAAGACGAAGCAGCAGCAGCAAGUCUGGACGUGGAUGCGUCCUGGGACAAGGCGCGUGAGAUACCACAAACACUGUUUGGGGUUUUCUUCGAGGGAAUACUGCAGGAGAUCAACCACGCCGGUGCUGGUGGGCUAUGGGCAGAGUUGGUUAGCAACAGAGGUUUUGAAGCCCACAUAAACAACACUCCAACCAUAGACCCAUGGAGCGUCAUUGGGGAUGAAUCCUCCCUACAUCUGACGACUGACCGGGUCUCUUGUUUCACUAAAAAUGUUGUUGCUCUGAGAAUGGAGAACAUAGAAGGUGGAAAGGCCUACCAUCUUGUCAUGUAUGUCAAGUCAACACAACCAUCAGAGCUGACAGUUCAAUUGACAAGCUCUGAUGGGUUACAAACCCUGGCUUCAGCUACGAUAACAGUUUCUGGCACAUCAAAUUGGACAAAACUGGAGCAAAAAUUGGUUGCUAAAGGCACGAAUAGAACUUCAAGGCUUCAAAUAACAACUAGCCAGAAAGGAACUGGACAUGGUUUUCACACAGAACUUAUAACCAUGCUUUUGGAUUUAAAACCACGAUUCAUGAGAUUUCCUGGUGGUUGCUUUGUUGAGGGCAACUGGUUAAGAAAUGCUUUCAGAUGGAAGGAAACUAUUGGUCCAUGGGAAGAAAGGCCUGGGCACUAUGGCGACGUUUGGAAUUACUGGACCGAUGAUGGCCUUGGCUUUUAUGAGUUUCUACUGGAUGCUUUGGACGGCCUUGAGUUUGCAAUGGGAAGUGAGGAGUCAGCAUGGGGUUCUAUUAGAGCUGCAAUGGGGCAUCCAGAACGAUUCCCACUGAAGUAUGUUGCAAUUGGAAACGAAGACUGUCUUAAGGAGUUUUACCAAGAAAAUUACAUCAAAUUCUAUUAUUCUAUACGAGAUGCUUAUCCGGACAUUCAAAUUAUUUCAAACUGUGACCGCUUACCACUUGCCCAUCCCGCUGAUUUGUAUGAUUCUCAUAUAUAUGCUAAUGCUACAUAUAUGUUCCUCCAGAAGAACAAGUUUGACACAGCACCACGUACCAGACCUAAGGCAUUUGUUAGCGAAUAUGCCGUUCAGGGUAACAAAGAUCCUGGUAAAGCGACCCUUUAUGCUUCACUGGCUGAGGCUGCUUUCCUCAUUGGAUUAGAAAAAAACAGUGAUGCUGUCGAGAUGGCAAGUUACGCGCCACUUUUUGUGAACGACAAUGAUCGCAGGUGGCUCCCAGAUGCAAUAGUCUUCAACUCCUGGCAACAGUAUGGAACUCCUAGUUACUGGAUGCAGAUGCUUUUCCGUGAAUCAAGUGGCGCUGUGAUUCAUCCAGUUUCAGUCAUAUCCAGCUACUCUGAUUCAUUGGCGGCAUCAGCUAUCACCUGGAAAGACACUGAGAAUAGCUUCCUGAGGGUAAAGAUAGUAAACUUCGGAUCUCAUGCUGUGAACCUCACAAUACAUGCAACUGGACUUGAAGUUGGUGUCAGUGCAAAGGUAUCAAGAGUCACUGUUCUGACGUCCAACAAUGUGAUGCAUGGAAAUUCCUUCGGCAACCCAAAUAAUGUUGUGCCUGUUACCAGAGAGCUGCGCGGUGCAGGAGCAGAGAUGCAGGCCUUGCUCGCUCCCUAUUCGUUCACCGCAUUUGAUCUAGCGUUGGAGCAUUAUUAG